AUGCGGGGUCGAGACAAGUUGCGUCGCUUGAGCGACACGACCUUUGCCAUUGCGGUCGUGUCCAUGAUGGGUUUUGGCCUCCAUGAACUCAUCAACGUCAAGCCGACGGACAAGUGCCCGCUUUGCAGCAGCAAGACACCUCAGCCGCGACUAACCCGCGAGCACCUGCUGACCUGCCGUCCCAUCAAGCGACACAACGCCCUUCGCGACGAGAUGGGCCGCCUGCUCAGGUACGCCACCCUCUCCCAUGUCUGGGUGGAAAAGUCUGGCUACAACGCCAACGGUCAGAGCUGCCGCAUCGACCUGCACUGCCGCAACCCCUUUCCCGGCGGUGCUCUGGGCCCAGCUCUACCCGACCUGGGCAUUGACGUGACUGUGCGCACAGCCCAACCCCCGACCACCUCGCAAGCCUGCAUCAAGGUGGGCGCUGCCCUUCGCCGAGCCGAAAAGGAGAAGCGCGACUACUACACCGGUUUCAACCAUGGAAAAACUCUGAUCGUCCCUGCGGCGAUGACGACAACCGGUGGGUUCGCCUCCUCCUUUGUGGAUCUGCUUGGUCAGCUCGCCCGCUGCGCCGAGGCCCGUGGUGUGUAUCAGCCGGGGCUAGAUGAGGCCUUUGUUCCUCGGUGGAAGGGUCGCUUUGCGGCGCUGGUCCAUCAGAUGAACGCUGACCACAUCCAGCGCCACUUUGGCGGUGUCUGCCUGCGCUCGUCGUAG